UGUCCUCUAUUGGUGAAAAUACGAAACUGGUCAGUGACGCAUUAUCUUCUGGUCAAUUAAUGGUGGUAUAUAACGUGUAGUGAGUUGUAUUUAGAGAAAAUAUUGUCCGGCAGGGCGAGCUGACAAAUCGAUUAAGUUCCCGGAUAAUCUGAUACCACCUUUGCCAUUAUGGCGAGGAUGUCACCGAUGUUAUAUUUAGUCCGGACGGAAUAACGAUAGUUUUACUUGUUAACAUCAUGUCUUCUCAACGUCCGAGUUCGUCCAGUGGCGACGUUCAUCAUUUCCAAUACGUUGGUUCCUAUCGUUUAGAGAAAACAUUAGGAAAGGGACAAACAGGUCUUGUCAAACUUGGUAUCCAUUGUGUUACAGGAAACAAAGUAGCCAUUAAAAUAAUUAAUAGAGAGAAAUUAAGUGAUUCGGUGCUACAGAAGGUGGAAAGAGAAAUUGCCAUUAUGAAACUUAUAGAACAUCCUCAUGUAUUAGGUCUUUAUGAUGUAUAUGAAAAUAAAAAAUAUUUAUAUUUAAUAUUAGAACACGUGUCUGGAGGAGAAUUAUUUGAUUAUUUAGUGAAAAAAGGACGAUUGACUCCUAAAGAAGCUAGAAGAUUUUUUCGCCAAAUUAUUUCUGCAUUAGAUUUUUGCCAUAGUCAUAUGAUAUGUCAUAGGGAUUUGAAACCAGAAAAUCUUCUACUUGAUGAAAAGAAUAAUAUUCGUAUAGCAGAUUUUGGUAUGGCUUCUCUCCAAAUGGAAGGUUCAAUGCUUGAAACAUCUUGCGGUUCUCCCCAUUAUGCAUGUCCAGAAGUUAUUCGGGGAGAAAAAUAUGAUGGUCGACGAGCUGAUGUAUGGAGUUGUGGAGUUAUAUUAUAUGCUUUACUUGUGGGUGCCUUACCAUUUGAUGAUGACAACUUGCGACAAUUGUUAGAAAAAGUAAAACGUGGUGUUUUUCAUAUUCCCCAUUUUGUGCCUCCAGAAUGCCAAGAAUUGUUAAGAGGCAUGAUAGAAGUAAACACAGAAAAAAGAUUAACAUUAGCUGAAGUUACCCGUCAUCCUUGGGUUACAGCUGGUAGCAAGACUGAAUUAGAAUUGGAAUUGCCAAUGAAGGAAGCUGUUCAGACCCAUAUCAUACCAUCUGUUGAUGAUUUGGAUCCUGAUGUCUUAUCCAGUAUGACAUCUUUAGGAUGCUUUAAAGAAAAGGAUAAAUUAAUUCAAGAACUACUUAGUACAUGCCACAAUACAGAAAAAGUGAUUUAUUUCCUAUUGUUAGAUAGGAAAAGAAGACGACCUUGUUAUGAGGAUGAAACAGAUUUAAUAUUUCGAAAUCGCUCAGAAUCAGUUGAUCCUCCAAGAAAAAGGGUUGAUACAUGCCAGUUAAAUGGCAGAUCUGGACCAAGGUACAGUUUUGACAUGUUAAGUGAUGGGUCACCCUUGACCAUGAGAAGAUAUCCUUAUAGUAGAAGUCGUCAAGGAAGUCUCACUAAUUCAUUACAUGUUGCUAGUCCUUCUGUCUCCCCCCUUAGUUCACCAAAACCUACACCAAGAGGAACACCUGAUGAAAGUCCUUUAAAUACUCCUCCUGGCUCACCAAAUAUUAACCAGCCUUACUGGAAAUCUCGAUUGAACACUAUUAAAAGUAGUUUUCUUGGAAGUCCUAGAUUUCAUCGUAGAAAAUUACAAGUUCCAUCAGCAUCUGAUGAAGUUAACCUUACACCUGAUUCAUCACCAGAAUUAACAAAGCGAUCUUGGUUUGGAAAUCUGAUGACUACAGAAAGAGAUGAAACACACGUUAUUCUGGUGAAAGAUCGACCUCUGAGUUCUGUGAAAGCUGAUUUGAUUCAUGCCUUUUUAUCGAUAGCAGACUUAUGUCAUAGUGUUGUAUCACCUAUGUCAUUUCGUGUUGAAUAUAAACGGCCUGGAGGACCAGCUAUGUUUCAAAGAAAUGUUCGAUUCCAUGUAGAUAUGACUCUAGUAAGUGGAGAUGGAGAUAGUGUUGAAUUGUCCAGUACACCAAGUAGUGAUAAGGUAGAAGGAGGUGAAAGUCCAGCUGUAUAUUGCAUUAGCUUUACACUCAUUUCAGGUCCUAUUCGAAGGUUUAAGAGAAUCUGUGAACAUAUUCAGGCACAGAUAUUAGGUCGCCGUCCUAAUCACUCACCUCGCAUCAGUCGGCGUCCCACGGCUGAACUCAGUGAAAGCUCUUCUUGUGGUUCGGAAUCCCUAUCACCUACACCAUCUCGCCAUCAGAUAUCAGAUGAUAUGGUAGUUAAUGUGGGUUCUUCUACAUCAAAUGUUACUUCAGCUGUUAUGUCUCGUUGUAAAUCAGAUCAAGAUGCCACUGCUGAUAUUUUCGAGAGAGAAGAAAAACUGAUGGCAGGAGGACAACAGAGAGAUGAAACUAGGCCAACAACAAAUGGUCAUCAUAUGAGUUAUGAUUUGAAAUCAUCUAAAGAUAAAGUAUGAUAAUUGUGAUCAUGUGAUGUUGGAUUUAUCUUAAGCUGUUUUUAGGCACUGCCAGACACAAACUAUCAUUAUAUCUGUAUAUUGUGUACAAAACAAAUGAUAGAUUUAAAAAAAAUGAGGAUUCUAUUAAACAAUGAAAAUUCAACUUAUAGAUCCUCUUAACAAUUUUAUCUGUAUUCUGUUCAAAAAAUAAGAAUUUCAUUAAUAGAAAGAUUUUGUUUUUAAAUUACAAAUUUAUUUAUUUGUUUUGAUAUUUGAAUUAUUUUUUUACGGAUUUGUUUUUAUUAAUGUUUUAUUUUAAAAUUUUUUUGACUUUAUUUCUUUAGAAGUCAUGUUUAAUAUAUUUUAAAAUUUUAGUUACUAAAUUUUAUGGCCAAUUGAUUUUGGAUUGAAAUCCCAAUUGGUCUUUGUUUCCUUUCUCAUUUUAUCAGAACUGCAAGGUCUGUCUUCCUGAUCUUUCCAGAUAAGUUGAUGACGUUUGGAACUUACUACGUUAGCAUUAUACAAUUGAAGUAUAUACUUAAUUAUCUGACAAAUUAAUAUUUGUUAUUAAAUAGGACAUACAUCUUCAAUAUUUAUUUCUCUGAGACAGAAUAUGAUAGAAUAUAAUGUACAUUCAGUUUUUACUGAAAUAAAAAUAAUUGAUACAGGUGAAGUCAAAAACAAUAAUGAGAAAAAGGCAUUAAAAUACAAUAAAUA